AGCAGAAUUCAUAUGAGAUAUGAGAGAUACUAGUCUGUUUUUUUUUCCUGUCUAUGAGUAAAUAAGAAAGAAACCCAUGAAUCAAGAAGAGCGCAGGAAGAAAAGAAGGACACGUGAUUUUUUUGUAUUGUUAAAUUAUAAUUAUUAUUACUAUCUCUAUCAGAGCUUUUUCUUUUUAAUGCAGUUUAUGUUUUUGGCCACUAGAUGUCACUGACGUACAAUGAAGUGUUUUGUCGACGUGGAGGAAGGCAGGUAUGGAUCCACUUAGAUGGGAACAAAAUAUUAUCAUUAUUCAGAUACAUUACUUUUAGGGAUAGUUCUCUGACUUAGAGGUGGUGUCAGUACUUGUUUUUUGAAGAGAUCAUCAUGAUAGGAGUCCUGAGUCAUAUUAAGUGUUUUGGUCUUGCUGUUUUGUGAAAUGUGAGUAUCAGAGAGAAAAACGUCUCCUCAUGUUAUAGAGGUGUGCAGCAGCUGUGUGAAGAUAUAGUAUGUGCUGCGUAAAAGUAUGGUCCUGCAGCCCUUACAUUAUAUCCUUGGUAAGGCCUGACUACAAAAAAAGGCAUGUGAACAAUGCAGCAGUAGACUGGAACCUCUUUCCUCAUUAUCAGAUAUGAAGAGAAGCAGGCACGUUCUCCUAGACUGGUUGUUGAGAACGGAGCUGUCUUAACAGUUCACUCGGACAGGGUGCUUGGAGAGAUAAGAAAAGCAGGCUAUGCCACAGCUCUUGGAGGCUUUGAAUGUGAUAACUAGCCUCAGUCACCUACAAAUGCUUGUUUUUAAAUGCCUUACAGGUCUCAGUUCUUUGGCUUUAAAUCAGUUUGAGUAUGCUGGGGUAUUUUACACUCACUUACUCCCAAACCAGUGAGACGUCAAGCUUCUUUUAAUACCCUACACUUUUGCGAUGCCAUGUGUAUGACCAAAAAGAUCCAAUCUCCUAGUGUUUAUUCAAAAACACUCACAAAGGGGUGCAGAUAUGGGACAGUAAACUUUGCAAGCUCUUCGUUGCCAGGUUUCGGUGAAAUGCGUGAACAGGUUUCUUAGGCAACUCACAGUGGAGGAUGGGGAUGGCUCCUGUCACCAACAUGACGUAGUUGAAAAUGGGUGGUGCAGUGAACUCCCUGGAAUUUACCCUAGAGUGUGUGUGUUGUGUGUUAGGUGAUGAGACACAGCACUCUAGUUGGAAAAAGAAAAAGAAAAAAGGAACAACUUUGUAACGUAUCCAUGACAAUAGCCCAAAACACUCACCACAGUGACUCAUGCUCACAAUCCCCAACUUAUUUCGUGUUUGUUUGAUUAUUGUUGUUACCAUUAUUGUUGUCGUUUACCAGUGAUAGAUGUCUGAAGGACUGAGAGAGGCAAUACCCCCUUUUUCCAGGACACACCCAUAAUAUUUCCAUAUUUUACCACUGCAGCCUUUGGGAAGACGCCUGCCCUUAUUGCCGCUGGUGAAACGCUGAGCUGCCUCUGACUGGUGGACAGACGGAGAGUUUGUGUUUAUUAAACACUCAAAACAAAACAGCUCUCACGUCUUUUAAAUGCGUUUUAUGACUGUUGUCGAUGUGCUGUAUAUACUUGUUUUUGUCCACUGUGAAGCUGGUGCCUGUGCCCGCUUUCUGCCAUGAGUGAGCCAAGGAGCUGGAAACUUUGCUGUCAAGCCCGGCAUGGACGUUUUACUGGACACCUGUGGACGGCGGAGAUAUCUGCUGUUAAUAUAUGUCUUUGUCUUGAAGGCAACAGCUAACUGUCCCAGACCUCAAGGGAAGGAAAAUACCAUCUUAACGGAAGAAUCGCUUUUAUUGAAUGAGUUUCCAGAAGGAUCUGAUGUCACUUUAGAGUGUGCUAAUGGAUAUGUUAUAGAAAGCGGCUCUCCCGGUAUAAGCUGUGUUAAUGGGCAGUGGACUGAAAUAGAGCUCAUAUGCAAAAGGAAGGACUGUGGUCCCCCUAAACCUCAGCCAAAUAUGAGGUUUAAUACCAGCACUGGUACCCUGUUUGGUGAUAUCAUUAGAGUAAGCUGUGACAAAGGAUACCAGAUCAGUGGAUCGAGUUACAAACAGUGCUAUUCUGCAGGGUGGAUUGGAAGAGGCAAAUGUGAAAUUGAAAAGUGUGACAUACCAGCUGAAGUACCCAACGGCAGAACCAUGUGGGAUUCUCAAGAUGAGCCAAAAUAUGGAGAAACUGUACAGUUUGUCUGUGAUGAAGGAUACACCCUCAUUGGUAACAGCAUCAUUACGUGCGGCGAAGGUGGUCAAUACGAUUAUCAUCCUCCUGAAUGCAGAGGUGUGACUACAGAAGAUAGCAUUGCAACAAAAAUACUAACACCAACUCCUACACCUCCAGCACAAGGUGGCAAAACUAUUUUGACAACAGUGGUUAUUUCCCACAUCACAGCAGUGUCCACUUCUACAGAUUCAUCUGCAACAUCCACAACUCACAGAGAUAAAACUAUAACAACCAGUGCAGCACCAUCUGUCUCACCUUCAGCACGAGGUGGCGCAGACGUUUUGACACCAAAGGAUGAAGUUACUACAACCACUGUAACAUCAGCAGUAUCUUCAUUUCAAGGCAAGAAUAACAAGACUCUUAAUAUUGGUAGAGAAAGUGGAUAUAUGCCGCUUAUAGUCUCUGUGAUAGGUGUUUUAGUAGGUGUAAUUGCAGUUCUGGUCAUUUUACGCCAGUGUCAUCUGAGGAAAAAAGGCUCAUAUGACACCAGAGAAGACCUGAGGCCGGAGUUAUUACAGUUCCAAAAUCUUUAGAUUGCCUUCCUCACUCAGCUCUGCAAAUGGAACCGUGCCUAUCUGUUAUUAAGCAUCUGUGACCCAGGAGGACGGGCCGGCAAACUCUAACAGCCGAUGCGGAGAAAACAGAACUCACUUUCAAUACUAUUGCACUUCAAAUGGCAGAUAAAGGGAAUCGUCACAUUCCAAUGAUCAAAAGCACUCUUUUGUAACGGCAAAUGUUUUUAUUUACACAUUAUUUUAACACAGAAUUGUAAAUAUUUUAUGCCAGUACUAUUUUCUAUUUUAUUUAUAUUAACACUGGAGUAAAUAAUUAACAUUUGCUCCAUGUCUUAUGAGGUGUUGCAAAAUUGUUCAAUAAAACAUUUUCAUUUGCUGUUUUUGAGAAAUCUUGAUGCCUCAAGUUUCUGUGCUUUUAAUGUACUGCUUUGUUAGGACAGAACCAUGAAAAAGGUAAUUCAAGAGGCAUACAAUGAGGUUGAUUCAAUUUGUCGACUGAAAUGGUGGCCGAUAAAGAUACAAUCAGCUGCAUUCUUCGCCUCCUGACUUUCUUUUCGUCAUUGUCUAUUGUUCUCAGGUCUUUUUAGUAAGCUGUGCAAAAUAAUGGCAGAUGUGUCAUGGGAAAUUAAUUCAAUGGCGUACCAACCGUCAAUGAACCAUGUAACCACACUAACUAGUAACACAGUAUUUAUUGUGAGGGGGAAAGUGAUCAAAAUGUUUGUUACCUUGAAUGUGUCACUGAGCAGGCUCACUGAGCCAGUGAACAGAAACCUGUAAAAGUUGGUUAACCAUUCAUUUGAUAUGUGGAGAAGGCAGAUUUUUUCUAAAGUAGCUGAUUGUGAAAAGAGCUUUUUAUAUGUAACUAUAACUGCAAUUUUACGAAGAAAUUGUCAAAUCAAAAAUAGCACUGCGCAACAUAUUAUGCAAAGGGAGGACACCCCCUAUUAAAAAAAAAGACUUUAAGGCACACUUUGUUCACACCUAACAAAGCACCAGUUUGUAAGAGUUUGAAUGCAUUCACUGCCAAGGCAGCAGAAAAGGACAAAUCAUGGCAGGGACGUGCAAAGCAAAGAGAAAAGCCCUGUAAUAAAAUGUGGUUACACUGUUUCAUCAUACCGUGGUUGUUGUGCCAGAGGCUGGAACUGUGACCUUUUGGGAUCAAAGGAUUUUUGUCUGCUUCAGCAGAACGUACAAUUCCAUUAAAUUAUUGUUUGGUCAGA